AUGCCUGCAAGACCUUCCUCAAGACCAAGCAGUGAGAUUUGCUUUGAAGACUACAACAACACUGAUCCCAACAUUGUCAAUCACAGGAUUGACGCUCCCGAGCCUUCCUAUACGACUCAUGUAGAGCCCUAUCAGGACAGUGCUAAUGAAAGCAACUCUGAGCCUGUUCUUGAAUCUCGAACCAACUCUAUCCAAAGUCAAUUACCUAUGAGGAAACCUUAUUCGUAUCAUCAUACCCAUCAUCAACAGCACCAACACCAACAUCAGCAGUUAAAUCGUCCCAAAAGUUCAUCACUUUUUAUUCCUGUCGCUGCUUACUCUAUAACUAAAAAGAAACCAAAGAAAAAGAUCAAAGUAAAGUCUGUUCCUAAAAUGUCUGCAUCAACGGUGUCUGUACGACGAAAGCGUCCAAACAUUGUCUACGAAGAAGCGUCAAGCGAUGAAGAAAAUGACGAUCAAGGAGGAGAAGAGACUGAUCUGGAUGGCGAAGGCACCGAGGACGACUAUGAAAUGAGAAAGGAAAGUGCAGUCUACGGUUACAUACACAAACCUGAAGUGAUUGAGUUUCGAGGACAAUACUACUAUGGUCAGAAUGGUGAGGACAGCGCUGCAGCUGCCGCCGGUGGAGGUGCCGGUGGAGGAGGUAAUACUCGGUAUAGCAAGGCACCAUCCAACAUUGAGUAUGACAGCGUUGAGUCGCCGAUGAUGCACGAACGGCCUCAUCGAGUUUCCUAUGUGCCCUAUGAAAGUUCAUACCACGAGGAGCCGUCAGCUACUUCAAUCAUUCUCGCCAAGUUGAAAAAAGGGUACUCGGUCACUGUGGGACACUUCUCCUCUUCAGCCGACUACGAUGUAGCAGUUGGCAUGCCAAAGGGAAGCAACUACACCGGAAAGGUGGUCAUCUUUACUGCAGCUCUGGGAAAUGUGGCCAACAUUACUGGGCAGCAAAUGGGCGAAUACUUUGGCUACUCCUUGGCCACUGCCGACGUCAACGGAGAUGGUUUCGAUGAUAUCAUCAUUGGCGCGCCACUGUACUCAUCGCCAGUUGAAAAGGACUCGAGUUACGAAAAAGGACGAGUGUAUGUUGCACUGCAAACACGUGAUCAUCAGUUCAAGAUAAAUGCAAAAAGCGGACAUGUCAGUGGUAAAACCAGUCGAGGUCGUUUUGGUCUAUCAGUUGCCACACUGGGUGAUACUAACAAGGAUGGCUUUGACGACAUUGCCGUGGGUGCCCCCUACGAUGGGCCCCGAUCAAGAGGAGCGGUCUAUGUGCUGCUCGGCUCCAAAGCCGGUCUCAUCCUCGACUAUUCUCAGAUCAUCUAUGCGGAGGAUGUACGAGACGACAAUAUUCUCACCUUUGGCUGGAGUCUCUCCGGUGGACUGGACAUGGACGAGAACAACUACAAUGAUCUACUGGUGGGCGCCUAUUCAUCGGAUCGCGUUGUAAUGCUUCGGGCACGACCAGUUGUCAAUGUGACCGCCGUUCUGAGUACCUCAAAGGACAGUAUUAACUUGGAAGAUCGUGAUUGCACACUAAGUGAUAACAGUAGAGCUUACUGUGUUACGGUUAAAGUGUGCCUUGCCUAUGAUGGCAUCGGUGUUGACAAUCGGCUCAAUUUCCACUACCGUACUAUUCUAGACGCCAGUACAUCUUCAUCACCGCGUCUAUUUUUCGUUCACAAGGAACGCGAAAAUGAAGAGGAGCUGACCAUCACACUGAGCAAAGGACAAAACUGGUGCAAAGAUAGACCGGCCUACCUCAUUGGAUCAGUGAGAGACAAACUAACACCGGUGAAUAUCACACUUGAGUACUGGCUGCCUCAUGACGGUCCUCGAUUUGAUAUGAGCACGGGGGAGAUCAGUUCGCAACUGAUGCCAGUGCUCAACAAGGUGAAACCCAGUUUUUUGAGCAAACAACUGGGCAUUCGCAAAAACUGUGGUCGAGACAACAUUUGCAAACCAGACCUGGAACUGACUGCCAGACUAAAUGUCGAUGAGUAUGUUGUGGGCAGCCGAAAGAAGUUGGAAAUGUCAAUCACAGUGAAAAAUCGUGGAGAGGACUCUUACGAAACGAUGUUCUACAUGCGAAUGCCUUAUGAUGUUCAGUAUAUCCGAACUAAUAAAUCGGCACACAAUCCUGAGAUUGUUUGCCAUGGCGCUAAACCCGAGAUAACUGGAGCAAAUGAUCUUGUCUGUGACAUUGGAAAUCCACUCAAAGCAAACAAAAGGGUCGAUCUUGUGGUAAUCAUGGAGCCUGCCAAAGUGAAUUCAGCCACCACGCCCAACUAUGUCUUCCUGAUGAACGUGACGAGUGCCAAUUCUGAGGAUGAAGGCACACUGGGCAAUAAUCAAUAUGAAAUUGGCAUUCCACUUCGCGUUGAAGUAGAACUGGGCACUUUUGGCGUUUCAGAGCCAGAAGUUAUCUCCUACAACUACACCACACUGGAAAGUAGCGCGCAGUUUAGUGCACCUCAAACCCUGGAAGACAUUGGAAAGGAGAUCAGUCACCUUUACACUGUACAAAAUAAAGGCCCAACUACCAUAAGCAAGGCGGAAAUAACCAUCUUAUGGCCUACAAGAGACUUGAGAGGGAACUUUCUGUUGUACCUGGUCGACCAAGUGAUAGUUCAUGGCAAACCUAACAAAGGUUUCUGCAGAACUAUCACCCUUGACGAUUUAAAUCCUUUGAGACUAAAGACUCGCAAGUCAUCUUCAUACCACCUGAAUCGACCAACACGUGCCAUCAACAGAGCUCAACUUCGAGGCCCAUCAGCUGCUCUGACUGAGGACACUGAACUGAACUCACAGUAUCUUCAACUGACCAGGUCGUGUGGCUCCACCAAUUGUACGCGCAUCGAGUGCGGCAUUCAAGACCUCGAAACGAAUGAAUCAGUCAGCUUCACCAUUCGCUCUCGCUUCUGGAAGGAAAACAUUCACCUAGUAGAACUGGAUGAAUUUCAGAUCUCCUCAAAGUUGAUCGCCAUGGUGACAGCACUGCCAUAUGAUGUCAGUCGUCGACUACUUCAGCCCGAAGUGCGCACUAUUGCCACACGGGUCUACCUGACCGGAAUGGAUCGCGGUGAGCCCAUUCCCUGGUGGCUCAUCCUCGCCGCCAUUCUCGUCGGUUUGCUCAUUCUCGCCGCUCUGGCGCUGGCACUGUGGAAGCUAGGUUUCUUCAAGCGAAAGCGCCCACCGAAGACGCGCUCCUCUGACCGAGAGCCACUGCAACGGAAGGGAGAUGCUUCACUCUAA